AUGGCGGUGAGAGGCGGCGGGACGGCGGCCGCCCUCCCGCUGCUCCUGCUGCUGCCGCAGCUGCGGGCGGCGCCGCCGGGGGCCGCCGUGCUGGUGGGCACCCCCGGGGCGCUGCGGGAGGCGCUGCGGCGGCGCUUCCUGGCCCUGGGGCGGCUGCGGUGGAUGGUGCUGGACGAGGCGGACGCCCUGAUGGACGAGUCCUUCGUGGAGCCGCUGGAGGAGAUCCUGGCACACGCGCCCCUGGCCGCCGGUGCCCCCGGGCCGGCCGGCCCCGGGGAGGCGAGGACGCAGGUGGUGGUGGUGGGAGCCACCUUCCCCACGGGGUUGAGCCAGACGCUGGGGAAGUUCACCGACGUGGGCCGGUUCAUCACCCUCUCCACCCAGAGCCUGCACCGCCUGCCGCCCCACGUCCAGCAGAAAUUUGUCCGCCUAAAAGGCCGGGACAAGCCGCCCGAACUGCUGCAGCUACUCAAGGAGUGCCCAGCGUCUGGGGGGGCCGUUCUCAUCUUCUGCAACAGUGCCAGCACUGUCAACUGGCUGGGCUAUAUCCUGGAUGACCACAAGAUCAAGCACCUGAGGUUGCAGGGACAGAUGUCAGCAGCUGCUAGAGCUGGCAUCUUUGCCUCCUUCCAGAAGGGUGAUGUGCCUGUCCUCGUCUGCACGGACCUUGCCUCGCGGGGGCUGGACACCAGCAGCGUGCAGCUGGUGGUCAACUAUGACUUCCCAGACACCCUGCAGGACUACCUGCACCGCGCGGGGCGGGUCGGACGGGUCGGAAGCAAGGCACCUGGAGCCGUGGUUAGCUUUGUCACCCAUCGGUGGGAUGUGGACUUGGUGCGGAAAAUAGAGACUGCAGCCCGGAAAAGGACAGGUCUCCCAGGCAUGGACUCCUCCAUUAAUAACCCUCCACCUAAAGGAGGUUGAUUCCGGUUGCUAAGCAGCAGUAAAUGGCCUUUUAGGGACUGAGCUUGAAGUCAUUAAAGCAGAGGGAAUGAGCUGCUGUGUGUAAGGUGGCCUGAAAGAACAGAUAAUUGAGUGUCACAACCAGGUGAUAGGUUAACUCUGUGCACUGUUCUGGGAGCUGUGAUAGUCAUUUCCAUAGGCAUCACAACUCACAGCUUUCCAAAAGGGAGCUAGUAAGUGAGUAACGAAAUGCCCUUGGAGAGAACUGAAGAAUGAUCUCAUCAGCUGUUUUUGUUUAAUUUUAUUGAGACUUUAAAUUCAAAUCAGAAGGAAAGCAUGCCUGUAUGAUGGGCAACUCUGUUGUAUUUUGUUGCUUCCCACCACUUGCAGCUGAACAUUCUGUGGCAAAAAAAAAUAUUUUCCUAACUUUGUUAUAACUUUGACCAGUUAGACAUCUGGAAAGACUAAAGGACAAAUUAUAUUUGAUUUUCUUGUGAUGUAACGGUUCAUUCAGACAAUUCUAGACCAUAUACCUCUAAAAUUUGGUGGGCAUGAGGAAGAACAAUAAAGCUUGAGGCUUUUUCAAGGUAUUAAUUGGUCAUCUUCUAGUUCCCUUUCACUGAGAAAGGGGAUCUUGCUGCUUUGUGUUCUAUUAAAUGAAUUUUAAAAAGCC